GGCGUGUCUCUAAGUAACCCUCGAAAUCUCGCGAGAACUCCGUUACACGGCAUAUCUCCUUGUGACAGUGUGGCUGCUGGCAGUGUGUUGCUGUAAUCAUGCUUAAAGCAGUAAACAGGACGUAUCUCAGGCAAUUGUCCGGUCUGAUUCAGAGGUUUCAGAGCACUUUGGUUGUUGCCGAACAUAACAAUGACACACUGACCCCCAUCACCCUGAACGCCAUCACAGCUGCCAAUAAACUGGGCAGUGAAGUGUCCUGUUUGGUGGCUGGUACGAACUGUGCGAAGGUUGCAGAACAGCUGACCAAAGUUCAAGGAGUGAAGAAAGUUUUGGUAGCUCAGCAUGAAGCAUACAAAGGCUUAUUGCCAGAGGAGCUCACGCCGCUUAUCUUGGCAACCCAGAAGCAGUUCAGUUUCACACAUAUCUGUGCAGGAGCCUCUGCAUUCGGGAAGAAUCUUCUUCCUCGAGUGGCGGCCAAGUUGGACGUCGCACCCAUUUCAGAUAUCAUAGAGAUCAAAUCUCCAGACACCUUCGUGAGAACCAUUUAUGCUGGAAAUGCUCUCAGUACGGUCAAGUGCAAUGAAAGCGUCAAAGUCUUCACUGUAAGAGGGACGUCCUUCGAGGCUGCCGCCGUAGAGGGGGGCAGCGGCACUUCAGAGGAAGUCGCCUCAUCCGCACCUGUUGGGAUCUCUGAGUGGCUAGAGCAAACUCUUUCCAAGAGUGACCGACCAGAACUCACCAGUGCUAAAGUGGUCGUGUCAGGAGGGCGGGGCCUGAAGAGCGGAGAGAACUUCAAACUGCUGUACGACCUCGCUGACAAGCUGAACGCAGCCGUUGGUGCCUCCAGAGCCGCCGUCGACGCCGGCUAUGUCCCCAAUGACAUGCAGGUCGGACAGACAGGAAAAAUUGUGGCUCCUGAGCUGUACAUUGCAGUCGGCAUCUCUGGUGCUAUUCAACAUCUGGCUGGAAUGAAAGAUAGCAAGACCAUUGUUGCCAUUAAUAAGGACCCAGAAGCGCCGAUUUUCCAGGUGGCUGACUAUGGCCUGGUCGCAGAUCUUUUUAAGGUUGUGCCCGAGUUAACGGAAGCCCUAAAGAAGUGAGACUUCUCAAAAAAUGGUGCUUACCUGGAGAACAUCACUUAGAUACCUUUGCUAGGAGCAUUAAGUCUGGAGCAGAUGUUGUAUUUCAGAUCAUAUCUGUUUCUUCGAAAACAACUACAGAGUAUUUUCAUGUGCUACCAACAACUAAUGUAGACAUCAGACCACUUCUUUAAAAGAGUUUAGUGACACAUGAACUUGAAAUUCUUGAUAACAUGUAAUUAUGUAGAAACACAUUUUGCAGAUUCUUGCUUAAUAAAUAUGAAUGUACUGUUA